UGAUUCAUAAUCUGUGAAACAUGACAGAAACAUUAAUGUAUAAGAUACGGUAAAAAAUUGCCUGGACUCGACAAAUUGCUCGUUUAACUUCUUGUAUGUAAUAUGUAAGUUUCUUAUUGAAUCAUGCUGUGAAUCACCUGCGAGGCUUAAAAUUAAGGUAAUUGUCUAUUUUACCGGAAGUGCGAUGAUUCGUUUUAAACAAUUGUACAUUCAAAAACACUUCUAUAAUUUAUCAAAAUACACCCCUCCUCCGAUUUACACGGUACUUUAUUUACACGGUUUUCUGAGAAAAAUCAAGAAAUUAUUGCGACGGAUGUGACGUUGUAAGCUUGAAAUAUUCCAUUCGGAUCUUCCGUCUUCUGUUUCGACACGUUCAGGACUGUUCAGAAACAUUGUAUCGGAAAUCUUAUAUACAAGAGGUCACUGAUUCGAAUCUUCGAGCGCGCAACAAGUUAACCAGGCGACAAAUGUAUCGUCGACCAAGGGAAUCACCUAAAAAGAAGGAAUCGACGGAAUGGCGAUGAAGAAAACAGAAGAAGACGAUGUAUGUAGCUCAAAAGGAGAGAAGAAAAGAAUUGACAGGAUAAAAUGAGAGACGAAUAUUAGCUCCCCUCCGAGGACUAAUAAGAAACAAAUUUAUCCAAUGACAUUAGUCCGAAAUAAGCGCCAUCUGAUCCCCAUACUUGACCCGGGGGACAGCCCUGCUUUUCCGCAUCAGUCUCCUUCGAACCGUGAUCUUGUGUUUGUUGACUGUCGAUCUCUAAGUGUCGCUUUGAUUUUUUUUAAUCAAUUUAAUUUUGUAAUAUCUAUACAUUAAAACAAAUUUCUUAUUUUGUCAUGUGAUAAUAGUACAGUAUUGUAAAUAAAAUUUAUUCUAUGGAAAGUGAUAAAUAUGUCAAUUAGUACUGAAGAAGGAACUCUGUAUAAUCAGGAAGAAAUAAUGAAUUCUGCUUCGAGGGUCCAGGAAAUGUCUAAAUAUUUUAAUAGGAAUCAUGAAGAAGAAGAUAAAAGAAUACAAUCGGGUAAUAAAAAAUCCACAUCCCAACGACUUACAAGCAAGGUACCCAGUCUUAAGGACCAAAUGGAAGCCAGUAUAAAAUUAUUACAAUUCGUAGCCGAUACCCAAUUGUCAUUAACGCAAAUCAAUGGACAAAGAAAACUUGGUCCUCCUAUCGGAUGGACUGGACCUCCGCCUGGACCGAAAUGCGAGGUUUUUGUCGGCAGUAUUCCUCGAAAUUAUUACGAACCCGAGAUCGUUUUCAUAUUCAGCUCUGUCGGAAAGAUCUAUGAACUGCGUUUAAUGAUGGACUUUUCCGGUGCAAACAGAGGAUACUGUUUCAUUAUGUAUACAACCGAGGAAGAAGCAGCUCGCGCGAUCAAGGAAUUGGAUCAAUAUGAGAUUUAUCCUGGUAAAAGGAUCGGUGUUGUGGCGAGUAUUAACAAUUGCCGACUUUAUAUCAACCAAAUGCCACGAAUCAUCGAUACUAAAAUUAUUGUUAAGCGUAUUUACGAAAUCACUGAUGAUGUCGAUAAGGUAGCAGUCUAUCGAAACUUGAAUGGUUUCGUUAGUUACGUAUUGGUUUCCUACAAAACUCAUCGAGGUGCAGCUAUGGGAAGAAGAAGACUAGUUCCUGAAUCGAUGACACUUUUUAAAAAUCAUGAAAUAAAUAUUGAAUGGGCUAAUCCAAAUGUAACACCGUCCAACGUGUUCGAAGAAUGUGGAACAUACGACGAGCACGGAAAUAUACAAAUAACGGAGACGUUUAUCGAGCCUGUUAAAGUGAAGAAAGUCGUUGCUCAAACGAAACGCAGCACCGAGAAACGAAACAACUCAACAAAUAAUCAUCAUACACAAAAUUCAUUCGAUGCAUCUGUUCGAAGGGGUCGACCCAUAAAAGCAGCUAAAGAAAAUUCAUCAAAGAAUUCGAUUAAUCAACACACAGUUCAAAAAUGUACAUCGAAACAUUCAGUAGAAUCGACAAAGAAUCAGCGCAAAAUGAAAAACAUAGACAUUAAUGGCAAUCUUAAAAACACUUUAGAUCAAUCUUUGUUGUAUAAAACUUUAAGAAAGAACGAUACACAGCAACAUAAUCAGUCAAAUGAAAUUUUGCCAUUAAUUAGUACAUAUUUGAACAAAGAGAAAUACUUGAAUCGUUCAAAAUUAAACAAUAUUCGAGAAUCCUUUGAAAAUACUUUCAGAACAUUGGAAAAUACUCAAAAUUGUGCUAGAAAUUUUCCACACCUGACUCGUGAUUUCUUUAAUUAUAAAAUAGAUGUUCCUUGUCAGUGUCGAUUUUAUGUUGAUUUUAAUUCAUCUAAAUCACAUUCUGUAGACAGUCUAACUUCAAAAUUUUCUGAAAAUAACAUCGAAAAUUAUAAUAAUUAUGAACACAGAAAUGUAUAUAAUAACGAGCAACAAAUUCCCAUUAAUAAUGACACGAAUAAUAUUAAUAAUGUCAGUGGUGUCUUCAGUUUGCAGGCAACAAACAAUCAUCAGUUGGUGGAUACUUUCCAGUAUCCAAAUUAUUAUCAGAAUUUUCAAUUAUCAAAUGAUCGAAAUGCAAUAUUGCAAAAUGUUCAAAGAUCAACUUUGAAUAACGAUCAUUUUUUGCAUGGUGUUAAAGCAGGACAGAACCCUGAAUGGUCUUUCUCUGGGUCAUUACCGCACGAGGCUUAUGCUUAUGAGCUUCAAAAAAUCAUUCAAUUGUCGAACGGUAUUUCGAACAAUUAUCCGAUAAUUAAUUCACAACAAAUGCAGGAUUCUUUUGUUAAUGAGCCCAGAUUCGAUAAAAAUUUUUCGUAUAGUUAUCCUGUGAUAUAUCAGUGAUAUAUUAAUAUCUUUUGGCAAAUUUUUUUCUUUUGAAAAUUUAUAAUUUUUUUCUUUUGUUUACAUUAUUGAGUCGCGUAUAAUACCAAAUUUUUCAAUUUUGAAUGAAGAAACCUUGUGAAAGUAAUAAUUUUUAAACGGUGGAGUUAGAUCAGUAUUGAUUCCGAAUUUCCGAACAGAAAAUAACAUUACUGUAAUCUUUGAAUUGCUUCGCUGGGUGCCUUUAUAUAAGACAGUUUAUUUGCCUCGCGAUAACACGAGCUCGUAAAUAUAUUCAGUGGAAAUAUCACAAACAUUUUCGACGAGUUUUGCUUAUCUUUAAAAAAUAGAGCGAUCGAGAAAGAAAAAUUUCGUAAACGAAUACAAAUUGUAUUGUGAUUAAAAUUGUGGCAAAAUAUCGUCGAUUUGUUUAAAAAGUAGCAUUUUUAAAAAUUGUUAAUUUUUAGAUAUCUACAAAAAUUAACGCUAAAAGUUGACCUGUUAUUCUUCUAACGAGUCAUUUAUAUAAUUUAGAAAAGUUGUUAAUUAGUAUUUGAAUGAAGAAGGUAAUUAGUAAUUAGUAAUCAUCUUUUUUACAAUCAGUGUUCUAAAACUUGUAACAGUUUGUUUCUUAGGUACCAAUAUUUACCCAUUAAUUUUUAAGCAUGUAUCUUAUUGUUAGGUAUUGCGUUAUUGAUUAGGAAAAAAGUAUUAUUAUUUUCUUUAAUUUAGAAGUAUAAUUUUGCAAUCUAUUGCAAACUCGUUUUAUACCAAAGAUUAAUCAAUAUUAAUGGUAACUAGAUAAUUGUUUUCCUUUUUUUUUUUUUUUCAUAUUAUUGUAAUCGUAAGAAUCAGUCUGUAAAAUGACCCUUUAUAUAAU